UACUUUGCUGAUGUUAGCGGAAGACCCGGGGCAGUUUUCUCCGUAACACCAGGGCCGUUGCGCGGUAACGGAGCGGUGUUGUGUCGUGAGUCGUGCCUCGGUGCCUGGAUGGACGCCCAGCGGUUCAGUUAGCUAACGUUUAAGCGAUGCUUUCGCUGAUUUCCGCGGACACCGGGACGGGAAACGGCUGAGCGGGACGACGGUAACUCCUCGUUUCUUCAUCGUCACUGAUCAGUCGGAGUGUUUUGUUUAAAAGUGCCGACUUUAAUGUAGAAACGGAGCGAUCUACACUGACAGUUCGGGUGGAGUCACCAGCACAGACCUGAUGUUGCAGCGGGUGGCGGUGGUCGGUGCCGGAGCGGCCGGACUCUGCACGGCCAGGCACAUCCUGUCCCGUCCGGGCCACUUUGCUCCUCCAGUGGUGUUCGAGCUCUCUGAAAACGUAGGCGGCACCUGGUGUUAUGACGAACGUGUUGGAAAGCUUGAUAACGGGCUGCCAGUGCACAGCAGCAUGUACAGAGACCUCAGGACCAACCUGCCCAAGGAGGUGAUGAUGUUCCCAGACUUCCCCUUUGACCCCCAGCUGAGCAGCUUCCUGCCCCAUCAGGAGGUCCAGAGGUACCUGGAGAGGUACUGCCAGAGCCACGGCAUCGAGCCUCACAUCCGGUUCAACACUGUCGUGGAAAGAGUGAAGCCCGUUGUCGUGAUGGCAGAGGGCGAGGUGGAGGAGAGGACGACGUGGGAAGUGACGUCAUCUGAUUCUUCAGGUCAUCAGAAAACGGAGACGUUCGACUCCGUCUUCAUCUGCUCGGGGCACUACUCAGACCCUCACUUCCCACACAUACCAGGCAUCGAGAACUUUAAAGGGAAAGUGCUCCACAGUCACUCGUAUCGAUUCGCGGAGCCGUUCACGGGUCAGUCGGUGGUCGUUCUGGGAGCCAAAGCAUCAGGUCUGGAUAUUUCCCUCGAGCUGGCCAAUGUGGGUGCCCAGGUGACUCUGAGUCACCGCCGUCCUCGUCUCACAUUCCCUCUGCCUGCUGGGAUUCAACAGUCCAGCUCAGUAGAGGCCGUCGAGGACGACGGCAGAAUUCGCUUCCAGGAUGGCUCGGUGACGGAGGCGGACGUGCUGAUGUUCUGCACCGGCUAUAACUUCAGGUUUAAGUUCUUGGACGCAGCCCAGCUGGGUCUGGACAUCCAGGACCAGAUGAUGUCACCCCUGUACCGCUUCAUGGUGCCACCCGCCUUCCCCUCGCUCUUUUUCAUCGGCAUCUGCAAGAUCAUCUGCCCCUUCCCCAACUUCAACUGCCAGGUCCAGUUCGCCCUGGCCGUGUUGGAGGGCUCGGUCACGUUACCCUCUCGAGUUCAGAUGGAGGAUGAGGUCCGGCGGGAGCUGCAGGAGAAGCUGGAGCGGGGAGUCCAGCAUCGCCACCUGCUGAUCUUGGACCAGGAUCAGUGGGAGUACUGCAACACACUGGCUCGCUCUGCCGGCUUCCCGCUGCUGCCUCCAGUUGUACGCAGCCUGUACGAGGAGGUGUGGCGACAGCGACAGAUUCACCCCAAAAACUACCGGAAGCUCAACUACAGGCUGAUCAGCGACUUGCAGUGGGAGCUGAUCAAUUAAUUGGUGAAUGGCAGGUGUGCUAAGGAAGCUGAGCCUCUAGCGCCACCUCAGGCUGUACCUGAGAGGCCUGCUCCCUCUGCCCCUCUUCACAUUUACUACACUUGCUUAGAUUGAGGACUUCCACCCUCAUCCAUAAUUAUGCUUUAAUAAACUGUUUAGCCAAUGAAAAUCUUUUAUAUUUAAACUCCCACUGCAGCUAAUAAAGGCUAAAAGACAUCAAACCAAAAUACAUAGAAACUUGACUUAAGCAAAGCACCAGCAAGUUUAUAGGAUGCACAAAUCUCGGAUGAGCCCCCAAUUUAGCUCAGAACACAAAGAGUCGUCUCAAAAAACACUUUAAAAAAUUCAAUUCAAUUCAAUUUUAUUUAUAUAGCACCAAAUCACAACAAAAGUUGCUUCAAGGCGCUUUAUAUUGUACAGUAGAUAGCACAAUACUCGAAUGCUUCAACUUUUGUGCUUACUGUGUGAUUAAUGUUCUCCCCUGCUAAAGCUGCUGUUAAAAACACACCUCAGAAUUUUAUUGUUUUAAAAAUCCAAACUAUUUAACACAUAACUGGACUUGUGAAGGCUGCUUUUACUCCCUGUGAGUCAGUGAUGUAAACUGGUUGGACUCCAGAGCUGUCACUAAUAUAUCUGACUGGCGUUUAUAACAAUGGCACUUUGCUUUUAGUUUUAAUUACUAUUAUAGAGGACAGUUAAUCCUCACAGUUAUCCUGUGAAGAAACAGACACAGAAAGGAAAGUGCUAAUUAUCUGCAGGUUAUAGAGACCUCCAGCACUGAGCUGACACUGAUGCUGGUACAGAGAUGAGACUCCACACCAGAUGAGAUCACAUCCAGAGUCUGUGCAACGAGGCAAAGUGUUGUUAGAUUUCAACUUUGGUAAAAACAUCACACUUCACACUGGAGUUGUCCCAAUGACACCGACAGGCAGAAAGUGAAGGCACCGCAGUAGGUUUUACCUGACAGACUGAAGGUGUGAUUAAAGCGCAGACUUUGAGCUUGAAGCGUUUGAACAGAGGGAGUGCAGCAGGAUCGCAGGCCCCGUUUCCUCUUAGGAGCAGUCAGGAGUCGAUUCAGCUCAUUUUAAAUGAACUAAUCAAUCUGAUUCUCAGGCCUUCAGAACUCCUCUCACAGCAGGAAUCUAAAUGUGUUUGCCCACAGCUGGCAGCAGACAGAGUAGUGAGCUCUACACAGUGACAUUAUCACUAACUGCACUUUAUAUGCUGAGAUUUUGUUGUGAUGGAGGUGUUUUGAAGCGAAUGCUGGACGAUCGCUGUGCUUUUAAUGAGCUGAUCACUGCAGCUAUGUCCUAUGGAUCAGGCUGACAGGAACUCUCAAAGUGUACUCAGAUUACUGUGAAAUCAUGGUUCCAGCUCCACAGAGGACCAAGCCUUUUAGAU